AUGGAAUUCACGUUGCUUUGCAACCUCGGCGGCCCGCGCAAUGCUAGCAUUUCUUUGCGUCUCCGGUUGCUGCAUGUGUGGCCGGCGAAGUCUCCAGGGGAUAUCAGGAUCUACAAUUACUGUACUCUUUGGACCGACGAAACGGGUACGCUGAUUCAUGGCGUUUCGCCGACUUCAAUGGCUGUUGGGAUCCGUCGUAACCUUUCUAUUGGGAAGAUUUAUGUCAUAAAGUCCUUUGCCUUGAGCAACCCGCCGAAUCAGUAUCGCCCAUGUUCCUUUGAUUUGGCUUUGGGUCUUUCACCUUCGACUUCUUUUCAGGCCUGUGGUCUUCCUGCUGAGAGUUUUCCGGUUGAUGCGUAUGAGUUUGUGUCUUUCUCCCAGUUGAGUAUGCGUGCUGGUAAUCACCGUUUCUUGACAGAUGUCGUUGGCCGACUCCAUUCAAUCAGUGGGAUAUCGCAUAAAAUCACUAAUAACGGCCCCGCAAUCAAGCAGACGGUUAUCAUCGAGGAUGAAAGGCUGACUCGAUUGAAGCUGUGA